UAAGCUGGGUGUCCGGCAUAUAGACGACAACUUUAGCCAACUGUGCGUAUAAAUAGCAACAUUUCGCAAGGAAUUGGUAUCAGUUCAUUCUACGAAUAAUUCAAGUCAACACAGACCUCCUUUUUCAAAAAAUCAAUAAAUCAAUCAAAAUGUUCAAGUUGGUGGUGUUGUCUGUUCUCCUCGCUGUAGCUGCUGCCCGUCCAGGACUUAUUGGCUCCCCAGUGGUAUACUCUUCCCCAAUUGUCCAGGAACACAGUGUGGCUCAUGUCGGCUCUGUGGUCAAGAGUGUCCCAACUGCUGUGUCUCACCAAAGCUCCACUGUUGUCCACAACUCAGCUAAUGUCGUCGAACCAAUUGUCGCUCCAGUUGUCAAGACCUACGCUGCUGCUCCAGUCCAUGCUCCAUUGGUCCAAACCUAUGCUGCUGCUGCUCCUCUUGUGAGUACCUAUGCUGCCGGUGCUCCAGCUCACAUCAGCUAUGCUGCUGCUCCAGCUCAUCUCAGCUAUGCUGCUGCACCUGCUGCUCACCUCACCUAUGCUGCUGCUUCUCCAGUUGCUUACGCUAGUGCCUGGUAAACAUACACAAACAAAAGCUGAUAAAGUUCCUCAAGACGGGUGGUUGGACGGUAAAACCCUUCCUUCCCCUUACUUUAAUAAUACUUCUCUGCAACAAAACAUCAUGUGCAUAAUGUACAUAAAUGUACUAAGCUCCGUAAUGAAUUCUAAAUAAAUAAAACCAGAACUGUCUCCAUUGAAA